AUGGAACUCAACCGUAGUACUCUUUCAUGCAUUGUAGUUUCUAUCAUCGCUCUUCAUCUUAUCAGCAAGCUGGUUCAGGGCAGAAGAGAGGAAGAGAUUCUACAGAAGCGUGACUGUUCCCGACCACGUCACUACUCACAUAAAGAUCCUGUUUGGGGCAUUGGUUUGUUCGUGGGCAUAGUGGAGAGUAUCUCAAAUGGAAACAACUUUGCCUUCUUCCAAUCCUUGUUUGACAAGUAUGGCAAGGCCUUCGAAGUCAACAGCUGGGGCCAGAAGGCCAUCUAUACAAUAGAUGCAGAAAACAUACACACCAUUCUUGUUAAGUCACAAAAGAAAUUCAUAGUAGAGCCUUCUAGUCUGCAUGCUACAGAAUGCUUCUUAGGACGAGGAAUUUUUAAUACAGAUGGUUCAUCAUGGAAACAAGCUCAUCUUGCUUCGAAACCCAUCUUUGCAAGGGCACAAAUACCGAUUCUGGACAUUCUAGAAGAGCAUAUGGAUACUCUGCUUGCUAUGAUACCGCAUGAUGGUACUACUGUGGACUUGCUACCUCGGUUAAAACGGCUUUUUCUUGAUACCUCCACGGCACUGAUCUUUGGUGAUUCUAUCAAUAUCCUAAAGUCAGAGAAAGGACAAAUUGACACCGAGAAGUUCCUCGCAGCUUUUGACACAGUCUUGCAAGGAAUCGGGUUGCGGGUCGCUUUGGGAAAGUUUGCUUCUGCAAAGCCUAGACAGGUCCUGGAGGAAGGCUCAAAAGCAGAAAAGACAGAAAAGACAGAAAAAACUUCUAUUUCUACUAAUUCCCCAAGCCCAAACCGACGACUUGUUCUCUUGGACGAGCUAUUAAAAACGGCACAAGACCACAUUUAUCUUUGUUCACACAUCUUCUUCAACCUGGCAAGAAACCCUGAAGUGUGGAACCGGCUUCAAAAUGAAAUAUCGAACUAUGAUGGACCUCUAAUCUAUGAUUCGUUGAAGCAGAUGAGAUAUGCAAACGCUAUUGUGGAUGAAAGUCUACGGAUACUUGCACCUUCUGGAAGAAGUAUACGAUCAUGCGGCGAGGAUCGCAUCUUACGUACCGGCGGAGGACCGAAUGGAAAAGAUCUAAUAUUAGUCAUUCGUGGAACCGAAGUCAAUUACAUAUUUAGAUCUAUGCAUCUAGAUAAAGAUAUAUGGGGCGCAGAAGCUGAUGAGUAUAGACCAGAGCGAUGGGAAAGUCUUGGAAAAGCGCAACUUCGGGCAUAUAUUCCAUUCUCUGAGGGGGAUUGA